UCGUUCUCAGCGGACCGAUCUGUCGGUGGGGUGCGCACGACCGCUCUGCGGGGAGUCAGUGAAGUUAUAACACCGAGGUAUGGGGAUCCGAGCCCUUGACCUUUGUGUUUCAACACGGUGCUUUAACCAGAUGAGCUAACCAGCCAUCCAGGCACCGGUUCUAAUGCAAGAUUGGUGCGUUACAAAAGUGCCUAUCUAGGGAGGCACCCUUUUGGCACAUCCUGUUUCUUCAUUUUCCCACCCUCAAAUUCAGCAAGAAUCUGCAAUAGAGGAAAGAACGCUACACUUGGAGUCAAAAGGCUGGCAUUCGAGUCCUGGUUUGCUCAUUAGCAUCUAUUUUUGUGUCAGAUAUGAUGAUGGAGAACUGAAGAACAUCAGCUACGUACGGAGGCCAUUGAAACACUUCCUGUAGCCAGAGACACCAAACUCCUGACAGGAGCAUUAUUUCAUUUGGAAUUUCAGCAUUAAAGAGGAUCACUUCUCAAAAAUUAGGAAAACCUAUAGGGCCUUGCAGCCCGAGGAAGCAUGUAUCCAGCGAUUGUGUGCACAAUGAAUGAAGAUCCCACAGACCUGCUAGUGGACUCUGUACUAAAGUAGAGUGUGUGGCCAUCCUCCAGAUGGGGAACUAUCAACCCCUUGGUGAGAUUAUGACAUCCCUCACACCCACCCCAGAGAUGGGCAGCAGUGAACCCCUUCCCAUCGCAGAUGAUGAUAAGAAGAAGAGGAAGAAGCGGAAGGCCCGGGCCACAGACUCCUUGCCAGGAAAGUUUGAAGAUUUGUACAAGCUGACCUCUGAAUUGCUUGGAGAGGGAGCCUAUGCCAAAGUUCAAGGUGCCGUGAGCCUGCAGAAUGGCAAAGAGUAUGCUGUCAAAAUCAUCGAAAAACAAGCCGGGCACAGUCGGAGUAGGGUGUUUCGAGAGGUGGAGACGCUCUAUCAGUGUCAAGGAAACAAGAACAUUUUGGAGCUGAUUGAGUUCUUUGAAGAUGACACAAGGUUUUACCUGGUCUUUGAGAAAUUGCAAGGAGGCUCCAUCCUCGCCCACAUCCAGAAGCGGAAACACUUCAAUGAGCGAGAAGCCAGCCGAGUGGUGCGGGAUGUUGCUGCUGCCCUUGACUUCCUGCAUACCAAAGGCAUUGCUCAUCGUGAUCUCAAGCCGGAAAAUAUAUUGUGUGAAUCUCCAGAAAAGGUGUCUCCAGUGAAAAUCUGUGACUUUGACUUGGGCAGUGGGGUGAAACUGAACAACUCCUGCACACCCAUAACCACCCCAGAGCUGACCACUCCAUGCGGUUCUGCAGAAUACAUGGCCCCCGAGGUGGUGGAGGUCUUCACAGACGAAGCUACUUUCUAUGACAAGCGCUGUGACCUGUGGAGCCUGGGCGUGGUCCUCUACAUCAUGCUGAGUGGCUACCCACCCUUUGUAGGUCACUGCGGGGCUGACUGUGGCUGGGACCGGGGAGAGGUCUGCAGGCUGUGUCAGAACAAGCUGUUUGAGAGCAUCCAGGAAGGCAAGUAUGAGUUUCCUGACAAGGACUGGGCACACAUUUCCAGUGAGGCCAAAGACCUCAUCUCCAAGCUCCUGGUUCGAGAUGCAAAGCAAAGACUCAGCGCCGCCCAAGUUCUGCAGCACCCAUGGGUGCAGGGGCAAGCUCCAGAAAGGGGACUCCCCACGCCGCAAGUCCUCCAGAGGAACAGUAGCACGAUGGACUUGACUCUGUUCGCAGCCGAGGCCAUCGCCCUCAACCGCCAGCUGUCUCAGCACGAGGAGAACGAACUGGCAGAGGAGCCGCAGGCACUGGCUGAGGCCCUCUGCUCUGUGAAGCUUUCCCCUCCAUCCAAGUCACGCCUGGCCCGCCGGCGUGCCCUGGCCCAUGCAGGCCGCAGUGGAGAGGUGGGACCGUGCCAAAGACCCACAGCACUCUGAACUGCUCCAGCCGCACCUUGUAGGCCUAGGCCUGUCCAGGCAUUGCCCCCUGGAAACGUGUGAGGCCAAAGUCUGCAGAGCAGGCAGAGGGGCCUGCUCCAUGGCUCUAUUCAGGCUUUUUCAUCUACGAAGGACCUGAGAUUCCCACCCAAUCCCCCAUUUCACCAGGGUCCUCCUGGAAAAAGCUGUUUCCAAAGGGGUUGUCUUUGAAAAGGAAAGCAAUCACUUGUCACUUUGCAUAAUCGCCUGCGGUGGAGACAUCUCUUUGCUGGGCUCCACCUGCUCACCUGCCUGCCUGCGGAUCCCAGAUCCAGCCUGCUGUCCCCACAACUGCUGACUGCUGAGGCUGCAGCCUUCAGGGAGCCAGCUUUGAGAAGCAUCAGUUGACAGAGGCUGACAACAUGUGCCUCUUCUCUCUCUGCACUGUCACCCUGCUCUGACGGUCCUUCCACCUUUCUCUGUCCUCUAGAUGUCCUCUCUGCCUGUCCUCUCCCUUGGCUGAGCAAAGCCAUCCCCUCAAUUUGGGGAAGGGCAGGGAGCCUUCCUCAUUUGGGAAGCCAGAUCAGUCUUUCAGUCUGUAGCACAGAGAAGCACAUAAUCUUUCUUUGCCAUGACCGAAAUGUGUCCCUCAUUUAUCAACCUCUUCUUUGUGAUGCUACUAAAGUCAGUAUUAUUUUUUUUAAUGUUUGGGUUUUUUUAACCAUGCCGUUCCAGCAAAGAUGGGACUUUAAACUCCCACUGCAAGCCCAUGGGCUUUCCAGAGCAUGUAACUGAAUAUCUCACUCUUCUUUCUGGAAUGUUCAUGCACUUGGGUUUUAAUCAGCUGUUCCUUAUUAUUCUAACUGGUUUUAAACUAUUACUGUGAUGAGCAACCUAGAGACGGUGUCAGCGUCUGCUACUGCUGUGUUCCCCAGGUCACUUAUGGAGAGUGGUAUGGAUCUGGGGCAGUUAGAUGGAGCUUUGUGCCUGAGGUGAAGCCAGAUUGGAGGCAGCCCUGCUGCCCUGGUCUGAGCAAAGUGAAGCUGGUGGCGUCUGCUACCCAAGAGCGUGAAGGUACAGCCAUUGGCAGAUAAGCUGAGCUAUAGAGUUACAUAAAGAAAACAGAUUUGCCUAUAUCAGACAUUUAUACAACACAACAAUGCUAUUA